AUUGUCUCCAAGUGUUGAAUUCACUAUACAAGUGUUGGAAUUGCCUUUGAUUGAGUUGACCAGUUCUCUAAAGAGCCAAUAGAGAAGACUAAGAGUGGAAAAAAGGCAAGAGUGUGAAAGAUCAUCAUUGAGAAAAAGCCUAUCAAGAGUGAAACACGAGGGAAGAGUGACAUCUAUUGUUGUGAGGAUUUUUUUUACAGCUUUGCAAAUGUCUAACAAGGAGGAACCAUCAAGCGUUGGGGGUACACCAAACAUGGAUUUUGUUGUCAAUGCUAUGCAAAAACAGUUUGAGCGCUUCAAUAUGGUUUUUGGGGAAAUAAGGGAUAGGAUGGAUAGACAAGAUGCAAUGAUUGCAAACUUGCAAAGGGGGGAACCUAAUAGAAAUCCUAAUUUUAGACGACCUCUUGGGCAUGGGUAUGAAGAGUUUGAAUCUGGAAAUGAAGCAAGAAGUGAGAAUGAGGAAGAUUAUGAGUCUGAAAUUGAGAUGGGAAGAAAUAGACGUAGAAGAGUAAGGCAUGAGCGAGGUCAUGGGAGAAAUGCUACAAGACAAAGGAAUAGGGAAGAUGGGAACCUUGGUAACAUUAAAAUGAAGAUACCUUCUUUCCAAGGUAGAAAUGACCCUGAAGCUUAUUUGGAGUGGGAAAAGAAGAUAGAGAUGAUUUUUGAGUGCCAUAAUUAUUCUGAAGCAAAAAAGGUGAAAUUGGCAGUAAUAGAGUUCACUGAUUAUGCAAUCAUUUGGUGGGAUCAAUUGGUUUUGAGUAGAAGAAGAAAUGGUGAGAGGCCUGUAGCAACUUGGGGAGAAAUGAAGACUCUCAUGAGGAGGCGAUCUAUUCCUAACCAUUACUUUAGAGACCUCUAUCAAAAAUUGCAGACCCUUAUGCAAGGCUCUAAGAGUGUGGAGGAGUAUUAUAAAGAAAUAGAGGUGGCUAUGAUAAGGGCUAAUGUGACAGAAGAUAGGGAGGCUACAAUGGCUCAUUUCUUGAAUGGAUUAAAUAGAGAGAUAGCUAAUAUAGUGGAGUUGCAGCAUUAUGUGGAGUUGGAAGACAUGUUGCAUGUGGCAAUAAAAGUAGGAAGGCAACUCAAGCGCAAGGGAGCCUCAAAAUUCAAUUCUGGAUCUAGUAGUUCCUUUGUGAAACAAAACUGGAAGAAAGAAGACAAGACUGAUUCCAAGGGGGUUUCCAAAGGCAAGGAUGAAGCUUCAACUAAAGGCAAAGGUAAAACUGAUUCCCAAACUUCUAGAAACAGGGAUAUUAAAUGCUUCAAGUGUUUGGGUACAGGUCAUAUAGCCUCUCAAUGCCCCAACAAGAGAGUCAUGAUUGAGAAAAAUAAUGAAGUGGUAACUGAUGGUGAAAGUGAUGAAUCCAUGCCUUCACUUGAAGAUGCUAGUGAUGAUGGGGUUGAAUAUGCAGUAGAAGGAGAAGCACUUGUGGUUAGAAGAGCUUUGAAUUCUCAAGUUAAGGAAGAUGACAUGGAGCAACAAAGGGAGAACAUUUUUCAUACUCGCUGCCUCAUACACAAUAAGGUUUGCAGCUUGAUCAUUGAUGGGGGGAGUUGCACGAAUGUUGCAAGUACUACAUUGGUUGAGAAAUUGAACUUGUCCAUCAUUAAACACUCCAGACCGUACAAGUUACAGUGGUUGAAUGAAUGUGGAGAGGUUAAAGUUACGCAGCAAGUCCUUGUUUCAUUCUCAAUUGGCAAGUAUAGUGAUGAGGUGUUAUGUGAUGUAGUUCCAAUGCAUGCCAGUCAUAUACUUUUGGGCAGACCAUGGGAAUUUGAUAGAAGGGCUACUAAGGAUGGGUAUACAAAUAGAUACUCAUUCAUGAUGAAGAACAGACCCGUUACACUUGUACCAUUGACUCCUAAGCAAGUUUAUGAAGAUCAAAGCUCAAAAAAAGGAAUUCCAAAGAAAAAAGAAAAAGAGGAGAGAAAAGUGAGUUUUUAUGCAAAAAAGAGCGAAGUGAGGAGUGUCUUGCUUGCUAGACAGCAUUUGCUUGUGCUUGUCUACAAAGAGACUUGUUUGAACACUAACACUCUUAACUUACCUCUUCCUAGUGUUGUUGAAUCUUUGUUACAGGAAUUUGAAGAUGUAUUCCCUGAAGAUAUUCCUCCUGGCUUACCACCCAUUAGAGGAAUUGAACAUCAAAUUGACUUCAUUCCUGGAGAAACAAUUCCCAACCGUCCAGCUUAUAGAAGCAAUCCUGAAGAAACCAAAGAACUUCAAAGGCAAAAAGAUGGAUCAUGGAGAAUGUACAUCGAUUGUAGGGCUGUGAAUAACAUCACGGUAAAGUAUCGCCAUCCCAUUCCUAGACUAGAUGAUAUGCUAGAUGAAUUGCAAGGAUCUAGUAUUUUCUCUAAAAUUGACUUGAAAUCUGGAUACCAUCAAAUUAGGAUGAGGGAAGGGGAUGAGUGGAAAACUGCAUUCAAAACAAAACAUGGGCUUUAUGAGUGGUUAGUCAUGCCAUUUGGACUCACAAAUGCACCAAGCACUUUCAUGAGACUAAUGAAUCAUGUAUUGCGUGCAUUCAUUGGAAAAUUUGUUGUGGUUUAUUUUGAUGAUAUCUUGAUAUACAGCAAAAAUCUUGAAAAGCAUAUGAGUCAUUUGCAUUGUGUCCUUGAUGUGUUGAGAAAGGAAAAAUUGUAUGCUAACUCAAAAAAGUGUUGUUUUUGCAUGGAAAAGAUUGUUUUCCUUGGUUUUGUUGUAAGUACACAAAGGGUAGAAGUUGAUGAAGAAAAGGUGAGGGCUAUAAAAGACUGGCCAACACCUACAAACAUCACUGAGGUGAGAAGCUUUCAUGGCUUAGCUAGUUUUUAUAGACGCUUUGUAAAGGAUUUUAGCACAAUUGCUGCACCACUCACUGAGGUCAUUAAGAAAUCUGUUGGAUUUAAAUGGGAAAAGGCACAAGAUCAUGCAUUUCAUGUUCUUAAAGAAAAGUUGUGUUCUGCACCUGUAUUGGCAUUACCUGACUUUCACAAAACUUUUGAGAUUGAAUGUGAUGCCUCAGGAAUUGGUAUAGGAGCUGUUUUGAUGCAGGAAGGAAGACCUAUUGCUUAUUUUAGCGAGAAGUUAAGUGGCGCUGCUUUGAAUGAUCCCACAUAUGACAAGGAACUCUAUGCACUUAAGAGAGCAUUAGAGACUUGGCAACACUACCUUUGGCCUAAGCAAUUUGUCGUUCACACUGAUCACCAAUCUUUGAAGCACAUAAAGGGUCAAGGAAAGUUGAACAAGAGACAUGCACGAUGGCUGGAAUUCAUUGAACCAUUUCCCUAUGUCAUCAAAUACAAGCAAGGAAAGGAGAAUGUUGUUGCAGAUGCAUUGUCUAGAAGGUAUGUUCUUCUUACUUCUCUAGAUGCAAGAUUGCUUGGAUUUGAACAUAUCAAAGAGUUGUAUGCAAAUGAUGUUGAUUUUGCUAAUGUGUUUCUUGCUUGUGAGAAAAAUGCAAUUGGUAAGUUUUAUAGAGUUGAGGGAUACUUGUUUAAAGAAAAUAAGCUUUGUGUGCCUCAAUGUUCUAUACGAGAAUUGCUUGUUAGGGAAGCUCAUGGGGGAGGUCUAAUGGGACAUUUUGGUGAAAAAAAGACCUUAGAUGUGUUGCAUGAACAUUUCUUUUGGCCAAAAAUGAAACGAGACGUAAAAAGGAUUUGUGAUAAAUGCAUAACAUGUAGGAAGGCAAAAUCCAAAGUCUUACCACAUGGUUUGUAUAAACCUUUGCCUGUACCAAAUGAACCUUGGGUAGACAUUUCUAUGGACUUUGUUUUAGGGCUACCUAGGUCAAGGAGGGGAAUGGAUUCCAUUUUCGUGGUUGUUGAUAGUGUUCAUUCGUUUACAGAAUAUUCUCCUUUUGAAAUAGUGUAUGGUUUCAAUCCACUAACUCCUUUGGAUUUGUUACCAUUGCCUGUUAAUGAGAAAGCAAGUCUUGAUGGAAAAAAGAAAGCUGAAAUGGUGAGGCAAAUGCAUGAACGUGUCAAGCAGAAAAUUGAGAAGAAAAAUGAGCAAUAUGCAUCCAAGGCCAACAAAGGAAGAAGGCGUGUUAUUUUUGAACCUGGAGAUUGGGUGUGGGUGCAUAUGCGCAAAGAAAGGUUUCCAGCUCAACGGAAGUCUAAAUUGGCUCCUAGAGGAGAUGGUCCAUUCCAAGUUCUUGAGAGGAUCAAUGACAAUGCCUACAAGAUAGAUUUACUUGGUGAAGAUUCGAGGACGAAUCCUUUUGAGGAGAGAGGGAAUGAUGAGAAUCAUCACGAAGAACAAGCUGACUCAAAUCAUUCAAGUGACCCAUUGCAUGUUCCAGUAGGGCCAAUUACAAGGGCAAGAGCUAAAAGACUUAAAGAAGCUUUGAAUGGGCUGGUUCUAGAUAUGUGGGCCAAUCAAAAUUAUCAAGAUUCUGACCUAAAAAGCAAGCAAGACGUCAUCAACAUUAUAUGGGCUGAAGAGGGAGCUGUUGAGAGUCUUUUGAGCCAGAAUACUAUUAAAUGAAGAGCUUGGGCCAUAAUGGACACUUGGGCUGACUCAUUGGGGCUUGUACUUUAUUAUUUUGGGCUGCACAUGUUGUUUUAAAUCUUAGCCACAUGGGUGCACGAAAAUUUAAUCUUGAAAACCCAAUCUGACUUUUCAUAUUUUCAAGCAUCUUUAAUACUUUGAGUUUCUAGGCUAAUUAAGUUAGAGAUUUAAUAUUUUGUGGGAAAUUAGAUUUGAAUAUUUCCUAGGCUAGUAAUUAUGGUCUUUUGUAUUUUCCUAAGUGUUUACUCUCUCUAUAAAUUGUACUCUCCCAACAAUUGAAAAUCAAUCAAUGAAUGAGUGAUUUACU